CUGGUUGUAAACUCCUUGAGAGUGCUGACAGCCAGUCAACUUCAAAAGCAGCCAGAAGAAAGUUUCUUGCUAACUUUGGGAAGGAAUUCAAAAAUGCUGAAAGGUGCAGAUGAUGUCGUUAUGGAGCAGGAGGACUCUGCAUCCCGACAUGGAGAAAUGACAAGUUGGGAUAUCAAUGACCUCAAACUUCCCCAGGACGUAAGACAGAUAGACUGGUUUCAAGAAUGGCCGGAUUCCUACGUGAAACAUAUCUACAGCUCAGAGGAUAAAAAUGCUCAGAGGCACCACAGCAGCUGGGCAAUGAGAAACACCAAUAACCACAACUCUCGCAUCUUAAAAAAGUCCUGCCUCGGGGUGGUGGUCUGUGGCAACAACUGCUCGACCUUGGAUGGAAGGAAGAUCUACCUGAGACCAGCCAUAUGUGAUAAAGCUAGGCAAAAACAACAGCGGAGGUGCUGUCCAAACUGCAAUGGACCCCUGCGACUCCUUUCCUGCCGAGGCCAUGGUGGUUACCCAGUUACCAACUUCUGGAGGCACGAAGGCCAAUUCAUUUUUUUCCAGUCCAAAGGAGCUCAUGACCAUCCACGUCCAGAAACAAAACUAGAAGCAGAAGCAAGAAGAUCAAUUCAAAAAGCACAGACAGUUUUUUCUCCAUCUUCUCCAAGAUUAAAAAGAAUCCGAGAGACUGAGUCUCUGACAGGUGCAAUGCUGACACGAGAGGCUUUGCCUUUGCUUCUUUCCAAGCCGGACACUUACAUGCUUCCUGCUAAUUUUGGGGGACAUUUAAGCAAAAACUCGCAGGAGCCGACACUGGGCAGCUGCUCUGGGCAGCCGCCAUACCCAAGGGCAGCUGGGGAGCACGGAGGCUCCAGAGAAGUGCUGACCUGGAGCAGGAGCCCAGCCCUGGGAAGGACCCCCAGCGCCAGGAGGCCUUGCAGCAGCCCUGCCAUCCCUGCAGCUGACCCACCCUGUGCAGCCCCUUCCCCCGGGCACUGCGCCCACCCCAGCAACCAGCACGUCCUGCCUGUGACAAAGGGCGGCCAUGGCCCCUUCAGGAGGGGUGAAUCCUGUGAGGGGAAAUCCCCACCAGCCUACAGCGGCAUCUGCCUCCUCCCGCCGCCCUACCCAGCCCCUCAGGGAGGCCCCUGGCCCAUGGUGAACGGGGCACACCACCACCACCAGCUCUCAGCACCGCCGAGGAGAAGCGAAGGAGAUGGGGGCGAGGGAAGGCGCUGUACGGGUCUCAACUACUGCAACGACAAUAUGUAUUUUAACCUGUACCCAUUACGAUGA